AUGUCUUCCCAAUUCACCCUCCAGACCACUCUUCCUCUGCCGAACUCGUCGGUCAAGAUUCCUGCUCUUGGGUUCGGUGUAUACCAAUCGCAUGGCCCUACUUGCAAGAAGUCGUGUUUGACUGCCCUCGAGGCUGGUUACCGCCAUAUCGAUAGCGCACAAUACUACGCCAACGAGCAGCUGGUUGGUGAUGCUGUCAAGGAGUCCAAUGUUGAUCGCAAGGACGUCUUCAUCACCACCAAGAUCUUGUUUGCUGGCAAGGAUGAGGAGGAGACAUACCAAUCGCUCGUCGAGAGUGUGAACAAGAUUGACAACGGUGGUUACGUCGACUUGUUCCUGAUUCACAGCCCCAGCUCUGGUCCUGAGGGUAGAAAGCUCAUGUGGACUGCUCUGGAGAGGCUGCACAAAGAGGGCAAGGCAAAGGCCAUCGGUGUCAGCAACUUUGGCAAGGGUCAGAUUGAGGAGUUGAAGUCGUUCGCUCAGGUCUACCCGCCGCACGUCAACCAGAUUGAGCUGCACCCCUGGAACCAGCAGCGCGUCGCUGUCGAGUUCUGUCGAGCCAACAACAUUGUCGUCGAGGCCUACUGCCCUCUGGUCCGCAACCAGAAGGCCGAUGACCCCACACUCAAGUCGCUGUCUGAGAAGUACAAGAAGUCGACCGGUCAAGUCUUGAUCCGUUACUGCUUGCAGAAGGGAUGGGUCCCUCUCCCCAAGAGCGACACCCCCAGCAGAAUCAAGGAGAACGCAGACAUCUACGACUUCGAGAUCAGCAAGGAGGACAUGACCAAGCUCGACGAUCUAGACCAAGGCGCUGCAGGUGCCAUCGUCCAAGCCGUUGACAACUAG